AGAAUCAUACUAUUCUCAAUCAAUAUAUUCAUCCAUUGAUUGGGACCAUUCAUCUUCUUUGAGGUCUAUAUUUAAGAAGUCCAAGAAUGGGUUAUUUUGGUCAGGCUUAUUUCAAUUUUCAUUAAAGUGA